GUAAAAACACAUUCUUUUGGAUUUAGUUUUGGUAUGAGAGAAAUCAAUGAAUUUUGAUGUCUCUUAUUAAAUAAAUGCAUCCAUUGACGUGUUCGCUUCCUCUCCCUCCAUUUUCAAGUCUAGCAUAUCUAAUAAGCAAAAAGCGGUUGAAGAUCCUCUACUUCUCACCCCACCGUAACACAAUACACUCUCAAUCCAAAUAGUUAUCAUAAACCCACACGUCAACGAAACCACUCUUUUGACUUCAUCCUUAAUCCAAUCACACCACGCCACGUCAUCACCACGACCAAAUGUUUCUGUGAUCGAUCACACACACACAAAGAAGCGUAUCGGUUCUGUUUUGCUCCAACACAAAGCUUUCUCCAAAAAUUGGAUCGAAAAAAAAAACCUAACUUUGACAUGGAAGGAGAGAUUCAAGACUGGGAAAUACUUCAGAGCUCGAGAUCUACAACGGAGGAUGAUAACUCGAGGAACUUGGAGGAGAUUGAAGAUGUCACGCGAGGUAUGAUUAGGUUUGAUCACUUCUCUCUUGAGAACCAGAGUGGUUUGUCUCGUGUGGAGGCAAACGAUGAAGAUGGGUCUGUUCAAUCGGGUAGUCCAGGCUGGAUCGAACCUAGCUCCGAUGUUCCUUAUGGUCCUAAGCAUUUUAGUGAGUUAUGGUCUGAUUCAAGCAGUGAUCGGCUUGAGGAACAGAGGUUAGUGGAUGAUGAUGUGAAUAACGAAGUGGGUAUUGUUGAAUAUAGCGAAAGUAUAGUACAAGACAUGGAUUUGAUGAGCUCUGAUGAGAGAAAGGAUGAAUCUUUACUUCAUCCAGUGGAAGGAGAAGGAGACUCUGUUUCUGUUGAUCCUUGUGUUAAAUCUGGUGGUGGUGGUGGAGGAGGAGAAGAGAAGGGUUUUGUGUGGUGGAAAAUUCCAAUAGAGGUGUUGAAGUAUUGUGUGUUGAAAAUUAAUCCUAUUUGGUCUUUGUCCAUGGCUGCAGCAUUUGUGGGGUUUGUUAUGUUAGGGCGUAGAUUGUACAAUAUGAAGAAGAAGAGUCGUACCUUGCAGCUUAAGGUUCUUUUGGAUGAUAAGAAGGUGGCUAAUCAUGCUGCUCGGUGGAACGAAGCGAUUUCAGUAGUGAAACGUGUACCCCUAAUCCGGCCAGCACUUCCAUCAUCCGUGGGUAUGAUGAACCAGUGGUCCAUGAUGAGUUUAAGGUGAAAGAUAAGUGAAUUUGAGGGCAUAAUAAUGCAUAUAUGUGAGAUGAAAUGAUUGAUAUGGUUGGUGCAUGUAUCAUAUGAUUGUAUAAAAAUAUAACAAGUCUCAAAAUGUUACAAAAACAUACAAAAAUAUGCGUGUAAGUUUGUACUGUGUGUGUAUAUAUUGUUACUUGCUUGGUGGAAUACAAAUUGGAUCAGAAUCAUA